AGUAACCGCAGCGCGUCCUUCAGAAGCGCAGCGCGAUGUUCGGCAGCCUCCGCAGACAGCUCCGCGACGAGCCCUUCUUUGCCGAGCCGUUCCAGCAGCAUCAGGAGCGCAUGCAGCAGGAUGAUGGGGGGUUCUCUGACCCCUUCGGUCAGUGCUUCUUGCCCAGCAUCACAGACGGCCGUCACCGGGGUCACAGAGCCAUGGCUCAGCCCAACACUGACCCGAACGACUGCAGCAGCCGAGAGCUGGAUUUCUUUAGCAAUCCUUUCGCUAUGAUGGACAGCAUGAGGAACAGGAUGGAGGCGAUGCAUCGAAAUUUUGAGAACAUGCUGUCAGACCCCAACAGCCACUCGUUUUCCUCUUCCUCUGUCAUGAUGUACUCUAAAGCGGGAGAUGAGCCGGCCAAAGUCUUCCAGGCCUCUUCCAGACCGCGCUGUGCUCCUGGAGGAAUAAAGGAGACCAGGAGGAGUCUGAAGGACUCUGAGAGCGGACUGCAGAAGAUGGCAUAGGCCAUCCCCAUCCAGGACAGAGGCCACGUUCAUCGAGAGAAGAGAACAGGAAAACCGGGGAGAAGAGCUCAAGCUCAACCAGGACUUUCCAGAAACAUGGAUGAAAGUGAGGGGCCCAAGUCCUUCGAUGAGGAGUGGCAGAGACAGGUGUCCCGAUUCCAGGCUUCUGCGCCCAUGUCCCGCCUGGAAGCACCGAGACACCGAGCGGGUCACCGAGCAGCCAUCACAGCACCACGAGACACUCACAGGUCAGCCCACAGAAAAACCAGAAAUUACUGA